GUCCUGGAAUUCUAUAUCUGAAAUAUAUAAUCAAAUAUAAUAUAUAGAUCUCUAUCGAAUAUAAUAUAUAAUUCUAUGGCCAAAAGCUGUGUGGGCCUCCGGAUGACUUUAUGAAUCCUAAACGACUGCAUCGGGUUCUCCGACGUCUCUGGUACUUCAUUUCCACAUCAAUCUGAACCGAGUCAUGGAGGAGAAAGGGAUAGUUGCCGUUUGCCGACUCCCUGACUCCCGCCAGAGGAGAGGCGGACCUCCGGAGCAGAGCCGGAGCUCUCCCUCCGGCGGUAGACAAUCCCUUUCUCAUCCAGGACGCAGUUCAGUCUGGACUUCAUGGAAUCAAAGCCAAACUUCCUUUCCCCUAAAUCCUUCUCAACCAUGGACAAGACAACCCCCACUACGAGUCUUUACUUGUUGUGGAAGUACCAGAGACGUCGGAGAACCCAAUGCAGUCUAUUAUUUUCACCAAAUGGGAGCUUUAAAUGUUUUUACACGGCUAAAUAUGCCCUUCUUAUGCCCGCCUUUUUCCCGGCAUGGUCCGCGCGUUUACACUGACGGGGCAAUUUAUUUUUGCUUUUUGUUUUUGCUUUUAACUUUGCUUGAUUUCGAACCCCAAUUUACCCUCUCGGGGCCAACACAAAUUGCCGGUAAUUUUUUUACGUAAAUGCGAUUAGACGGCUCCAGGGGCGGGACUUCGGUAUAGGUGCUGCUGCGUUGCCUCUACAGCAGAGACAACGCAUUGAUAUCAUCAUGAGUAGUUCUCACUGGAGAGACGGUGAAAUCCGCUAGCUAGCGACCAUCAUGGGAGAUAAGGUAAUGCAUUUGCAUAAAACAAAGAUGGGGAAAGAUGGUGCGAUCUAUGAGAAAGUAGGCCUAACAGAGGAACUUUCCUUGCGAGGCUUUUGUCGGGAUAAAAAAAAGUGGUCAGCAAAAUAAAGGAUAUGUUGGCGUUUUGGCACUUGGAAAAAAAAAUACGGGAACACCAGCUUGCCAUAGGCUAUAUCAAGCAUAGGUUUCCUUGUAUUUUGAAUUUAAUUUGUGUUUGCCUGACCGAUAUAGGUUGGCCGAUUUUUUCCGCCAAUAUUGCCCUACAGAUGCCCUAUAUCGAUAUGGGAGUAUAUGUUGGCCCAUAUGGGCCAAUAUGAUGGCAACAUAUAUACAUAAUUAGCUCUUUAUAAAUCUGCUACAGUGGUGGUUGAUCCUCUAAACAGUUUUACAUCAUAUUCUGGUGAAGGUUAUUAGCUCCUCCCCAUACUACAGGUCAUUGGUUCCUUUAGCUCAUCCUUUUAUUGUGAUGUUGCUGUUGCCCAAAGCAAUGAGUGAGCAGCAAAUCUCAAGUUGCUCCAACCCAAGGAUACCACAAUACAUACAUAAAUUAUCAGCCAAUAUAGCGCUAUAGUUAAUAUUUGACUCCCAUUCCUUUUAAUAGACUAAUCUGCCCCGAAAAUCCACUUAUUAAAUGCAUGCUUUUUAAUAUUAUAGCAUUUGGAAUUCCAAUUAAUAUGUGAGCAAGGAUAAUGAAUUCCUCUGGGGUUAAAGGCAUAUUUGUAAUAGUCUAUAAGUCUGCUUGGGAGCGAAUGCAUCAGGCAUGUCACCGAUAACCCUGUCACCAAUAAGCACUGUAUGCUGCUGUAACCAGUUGUCUGACCAUAAACCAAUUAUUCGUGCAUAUUUCAACAAGUCUUCAUUGUCUUCGCAGGGGGGUAUAUUUCUCGGAGGAAGAUCUCAUCCGAUUCAAAAGUUUUUAUCCAGAAAAUAGAGAUUUGCCCAAAGAUUUGCCCAGUAUUUGCCCAGAAAAUGGAGAUAAAAAUGAAGACCAAAACAGUUGGAGGAUCACUGAGCUAAUCAUGGAGAAGGGGCUUAAGUAUACCAAGCCUAGUGUAAUGAAAGGACGGAUGGACGUUAACCCUGUCACAAACUGGAAUGCUCCCCUGGUGUGGGAAGGGACGUUUGACCCAGUGGUGAUAGAUUCCAUUUACAAAAGAAUGGAUCCAAGAAUUGCUGUAAUAGUGUUUGCGGUUGGCAAGUACACUCGUUUUUUGAAGGGCUUCCUUGAAUCAGGAGAGAAGCACUUUAUGGUUGACUUCAAACUCACCUAUUACAUCUUUACAGACCAUGUGGAUGAGGUACCCAAAAUUGACCAAGCAAUGGGCCGGAAGAUCACCAUCCUCCCGGUUCCCAGUGCCACUCGUUGGCAAGACGUGGUGCUGGGUAGGAUGAAGUAUGCCACCAUCGCCAUCGACCAACAGAUUCGUAAUCAGUCCGACUAUAUCUUCAGAUGGACAUCGACAGCCUCUUCCACGGCCGAGUCUGGAGCUGAAUCUCUCAGUCGGAUGUCGGCUGUUCUUCAUCGAGGAUACUACAAGGACGAAACAAGGAAAAAGUUCCCGUAUGAGCGCCGGCCUCAGUCUCAGGCUUACAUCCCGAUGGAUGAGGGAGACUACUAUUACUCUGCGGCCGUCUGGGGCGGAUACCUGGAGGACAUGUAUAAACUGGUCAGGUACUGCUAUGAGCAGUCGGAGAUCGAUUCCAAGAACAAUAUUGAAGCUGUCUGGCAAGAAGAAAGCCAUCUCAACAAGUACCUCCUCCACCACAAGCCCACCAAGGUGUUGUCUCCAGAGUAUCUGUGGUCAGACUAUGACCGAAAACCUGAAGACAUCAAGGUGGUCAGGAUUUCUCAGCUGGUGAAGAAUUACGCCGAGGUCAGGCCAAAUGGUGGACACUAAUUGAAGAAGAAUGACUUAUUGGAAGCCACUUCUUGACAGCAACGUUUUUUAAAUUUAAUUUUAGAGCGGGAUCAUGGGAAGGUACAGGCAGUUAUUUACCAAGCAUGUAUUCAUUGGGACAAUGGGUGUAAGCUAAAAAAAUACGUUUUUAGUCUAUCAUACAAGCAAGGUUUUUUUCAUUUGUAGAUUAUUGUAUAUUAUAAUUCAAUGAUACUGAUAUAAAUUAAUAAAUUACAUCCAACCUUUUCUGUCAGCCAAGGUCAUCACUGCUAAAAGUCAUCAUUGCUAAAACAACAGAAUUGUCUACUUCAUAUUAUAUAUAUAUAUAUAUGUAUGAAUGCAUUUUUUUUCAUUAAAGGGUAUUUACAUGGUUUUCAUCUUGGUUGUUGCAU